UUUCAGUUUCAAGAGUUAUUGCGCUGGAGCCUUAGCUCAAUAAAUUUGAGUCGAUCUCUGUGCCACUGCCGUUGGGAGCUUCCUAGACAAUGUGCACCCGGAAUCAGCGAUAUGGAUAAAACUAACACUACGAGCGACCGCCAUCGUUCGCGUAAACUCGUCCGAAUCCUGAUUGCUGCAUUCGCUAUUGUGACGGUCAUUCUCAUAGUGGUCUCUAUAACAUUGUUAUUUACUCAAGAACCAGUGAAACUCAAUGAAUCAACAACGCGGCCACCUUUGGAUGGCUACGAUAAUAGGACAUCCGACCGACUGCACUUCAGACGACGUCCGAAUUAUCGGAAAUUCACUUUUGAUGAUCUCUUUUCUGGAAAGGUUUUCCUCAAAGACUCCUACACUGUUGGAUGGACACGCGAUAGCGGUCUUAUCCAAACAAAGGACGAAUUUCUUGGGGGUGACACGAUAGCGACUGUUAUCAAGCCUGGAACUUUCGCAGCUGUAGAUUAUUUAUCGGAUGCUUCUCUAAUGCAUUCAUUGUCCUCUAAUAAUAAAUAUGCAUUUAUAUCAAAAAAUAUCAAGCAGAUCUUUCGCCAUUCAAACGAGGAGCUUUACGAGAUAAGUCGAAUGACAAAUGGGACCCCUUCCCAGCAAAUGUUUCCGGUGGGCCCCGUUGGAGAGGGAUAUGAACCGAUUCUUGCCUUCUUGUGGAAUCCAAAUCCGGACAGAAAUGAUUUUGUAUUUGUGCAUAAUUAUAACAUCUACUACCAAAGUAAUCCGGAAGAACCAGGAAGUGCUCGGCAGCUGACAUUUGAUGGCAGUUAUUUGUUACGUUAUGGAGUACCAGAUUGGCUUUACGAAGAAGAAAUUCUUUCAUCUGGAACCGCAAUGUGGUGGUCGAACUCAGGAAAGUACUUAGCCUACUUGAGGUUCGAUGAUCGCUCGGUAAGCCGGAUCUACAUCCCCAGAUACAACCGAGGUUCACAGUAUCCACAAUAUGUGGAGAUACCGUACCCCAAGGCAGGAGUGGAAGAAAACCCUUUGGUUCGCCUGUAUUUUCUAACACUACGCACUAAUCGAACAGUCAUUGCCGAACCUCCGGCUGAUUUGAUCAUGACCAAUCAAUCCUACUAUAUUUUUUCCAAUGCUUGGGUUACAAUGCCAUCUAGCGUGAGGCGGAAUCUUGGAGAUGAGCGGCUGAUGACCGUGUGGGCUAAUCGCGAACAAAAUCUAGUCUACAUUACCCUUUGCAAUGAAAUCGAUUGCGUGCUGACUCACACGCAAUCAUUUACCAUCAAUGGCCGCAGUAUGUGGGCGGAACCGGCAGAUUUCAAGAAUGUUUUCACGUCAAGAUUCGGAUUCUUCAUCAUUCUUCCUCGCUCCUACAGAGACGGCAAUGUCUACAACCAUGUGGCUCAUUUACAAAUACAGAGAAAUGGGAGCGGUAGAAUAACUGCUUGGCAUGGUGGUGCUUACGACAUUCGAGAGAUAGAAGGCUACGACGUCACCUCAGAUACACUCACGUUCAGCUCGGCUGGUGGAGGUCUUGGAACGAUGAGGCUAUAUAAAGUCACUCAAGCCAGUGCAGCCAAUCAGUCCAACGUAACAUCGCUGUCGGCAUUCGUUCCUGAUUGUGAUUACGGUACCCAUGAAGUGUCUCCAGAUGGAAAACGGGCUGUAGUAAACUGUGUUCAACCAUUUCAAAAUACUAGGAUGUACCUCAUGGACGUGGAGAAGCCAAGUAAUAAUAAGCUUUUGGAAGGAGCUGAAAAGGCAUACAUACCUUUUGAUCUGCCAGAAAUAACUUAUGAAGCCGUUAAUUUGUCUUCAGGUUACGAGGUACACGUCGGUAUGAUGAAACCUCCAAUGUUCGAUCCAAAUUUGACUUAUCCAAUGCUUGUUGAUGUGUAUGGUGGUCCAAACAGCUGUAAAGUUCGUCGAUCAACUCCGACUCCAAAUAUGAUACAUUUUUGUUCAAAUCUAGGCGCAAUAGUGGUAUGGAUCGAUGGCCGCGGAUCAUCAAAUCGAGGCUGGAAUUUAAAAGCACCUGUGUACAAAGCACUUGGCCAAUUCGAAACCAUUGACACCAUAGAAGCAAUAAAAUACCUCAUUUCGAAGUAUGCUUUCUUCGACAAAGAAAAAGUUGCCGUUUUUGGAUGGUCUUACGGGGGUUUUCUGAGCACUCAUAUUGCCAUCCGCGAUCAAGGAAAAACGCUCAAAUGUUCCGUUGCGGUAGCACCAGUUGUUGAUUUCAUGCUUUACGAUAGUGCAUAUACUGAACGAUAUCUCGGCAUACCUUUGGAAAAUCCCUCAGGAUAUGAUGCUAGUCAGUUACUCAAUAAAGCUGGUCUCCUCAAAAAUGUGAAGUACAUGCUUGCCCAUGGAGAAGCCGACGAUAAUGUCCAUUUCCAAAACAGUGCUCUUCUAGCAGAAAGUCUGCAAGCUGAACUUGUUCAUUUCACGCAGCUAGUGUACAGUAAUCAAGACCACAGUAUGGGCCUUCGACAAGCCCAUUUAUUUAUGGAAAUUGGACGAUUUCUUUCUGAGGAAUGCUUUAGCGAAAAUUGAUCAUAAACUUCACAAUUAUUCGCUCAUUCUACGGGCAUUUUGGAGUUUUACUUUCUUUCUAAUUGUAUAAGUUAUAAGUCUAUAGACGACAUAUCUCGAUCUAAUACACAAAUUUCAUAGCUUUGGUGCUAAUUCCGUACUUAUUUCAUUAUUAAAGGUACUAGCACAUUGAGCGGAUGAUUUUGUGCAUGUGCACUAUGUUUUCUAUUGUGAUUCUUAUCAGUAUCGAUUACUUCUGUUUGAACAUGACGUGUUGAGCAGUUUUUUUUUCAAUGAACUCGCUAUGUUACCAGUUGUUCUCUCAUUCAUCCUAUUCAUUGCAACAGUGAUAGCCUAUUUGAUUGAUUCUGUAUGUUUUUUUAUCUUCACAGAAGAGCAC